AUGUCGGACGAGACGGGAUGGAGAUACUAUUCUCAUCACUAUCUUCCUGUAGAUUGUAAUGACCUCCGAAAUAAUUGUCGCCCUAAUACAGGGGUGUACGAAAUCUAUCCCUUUGGAACCAGCUCCCGCCCUAUCAGGGUAUAUUGUGACAUGGACACAAUGGAUGGUGGAUGGACGAUAACAAAGGGAAAGGUCUCAUCCCUCUAUGUUUCCAUUAAAAAACACAAAGAUAGACUGUACGAGUUGUACGAUCAAUUCUCCGUGUCCAAUGAAGCGGAAAAGUAUAAACUCUUUCUUGCAGGGCCUGCCACGGGAACCUUAGGUGACAGUAUGUUAAACACAGCUCUUUCUCGCAAUAACCUGUCUGGUAUGUACUUCAGUACUCCAGACAGGGAUAAUGACAGAAGUGACAAGAACUGUGCUAAUUCCAGUAGCACAAGGGGAGGGUGGUGGUUUAACAGUUGUAGAAUAGCCUUUCUCAACGGUCCCUGGUACCCGGCAAGUUGGAGCCGGCCUUGGUAUCCUACAGUAAUCUCCGGGAUUCCUGUCAAGGAGACCAUGAUGUUAAUCAAACAUCACUAG